CUUUACAGGUUUGCACCAUGGAUCGAACCACGGUCCUACUAACCGUCCUGGGAUUCUUACUCAUCUGUGUCACCUCAGACCCUGUUGAAAAGCAGCGAGACGUCGACAUCUACAGCUUCCACAUCAAUUCUACUGUGACCAGCCGCUACGCCUUUACGGUCAUCACCAGCCGCGUGGCCAACCGGCUCAAUGAGUCCAAAGAAAUUCAUUUCGAGGUUAAAAUCCCCAAGAACGCUUUCAUCAGCAGGUUCAGAAUGACCAUAGACGGGAAGACUUAUGAUAGCGUGGUGAAGGAGAAAGAAGAGGCGAAGCAGCAGUACAGUGAGGCCGUGUCUCGAGGAGGAAGUGCCGGGAUGGUCAGUUCAGUAGGACGGAGUCUGGAGGAGUUUAAAACUUCAGUGACGGUGGCCGCUUUCAGCAAAGUGACCUUUGAACUCACCUAUGAGGAGCUGCUGAAGCGACGACUUGGUCAAUACGAGCUGCUCAUCAACGCUCAGCCCAUGCAGCCGGUGGCAGAUUUUAAGAUUGACGUUUACAUAAACGAGCGUCCAGGUUUGUCCUUCCUGGAGGUGAAAGGAUGGUUGAAGACUGAAGAUCUGUCCAGCGCGAUCACCAGCACUCAGGCCGCGUCCACCCAAGAGGCGUGGGUAACGUUCUACCCCACCCGCGAGCAGCAGACCCAGUGUUGUGGAGAAGAGGGACUAAACGAGGACCUGCUCAUUGUCUACGAUGUGAAGAGACAAACACCCAGCGGAGAAUUUCAGAUAUCAAACGGCUACUUCGUCCACUACUUUGCUCCCACGAAUCUUAAGCGCAUCCCAAAAAAUGUGGUCUUUGUCAUCGACCGGAGCGGCUCCAUGCACGGCACAAAAAUGGCACAGACUCGCUCUGCGCUGCUGAAGAUUUUGGGAGACCUUGGUGAGGAGGAUUUCUUCGGCCUGAUCACCUUUGACAGUCGUGUGGACGUCUGGAAACACGAACUCUUGCCGGCCACAGAGACAAGACUGGAAGAGGCUCGAACCUUCGUGCAGAACAUUGUAGCGCAAGGAGCCACGGACAUCAAUUCUGCGGUGCUAAAAGGGGUCGACAUGAUACAGCAAUUCCCACGUGAGGGCACCGCCUCCAUCCUCAUCCUGUUGACUGAUGGAGACCCCACUUCAGGUGAAACAAACACAGACCAGAUUCUGAGUAAUAUAAGGGAAGCCAUCGGGGGUAAAUUCCCUCUAUACUGCUUGGGCUUUGGAUACGACGUAAACUUUGAUUUUCUGGAUAAAAUGGCCCUGGAGAAUUCCGGCCUCGCUCGCAGGAUCUACGAGGACUCGGACGCCGACCUCCAGCUGCAGGGUUUCUAUGAGGAAGUGGCCACGCCUCUCUUAACCAAUGUCCAGCUGAAAUACAGUUGUGCAGACAACCUCACCAAGUCCAUUUUCAACCGGUACUACAACGCCUCAGAGAUCGUGGUGGCUGGUCAGAUCGCUGAUAAAAGUCAGAAGACCUGCCAAACGGAGGUCAUCGCUUUCUCGAAAAACGAUAACGUGAUGUACCAGGACUCAGUGUUGACCACAGACAUGAUCGACCUUCUGCCACAGCAUGAACAUUUCAUCCAGAGACUCUGGGCGUACCUCACAGUCAAACAGCUCCUGGAGAAAAAAGUGACGCUGAAAGGAGAGGAGAAAGAAGCAGCCACGAAACAAAUCCUGGAGUUCUCGCUCAAGUACAAGUUUGUGACCCCGCUCACGUCCAUGGUGGUCAGCAAGCCUCAGGAGGGAGAGACUCAGGUCGCCCACAAACCCAAAGAAGGGGCGUCACAACCAUUACUAAGACCCGGCAGCAGCACAUAUAAAAUAGUAAAGUCUCCAGCAGGUUCACAUCCAGUCCAUCAUGCAUACAGGACCUCUACUCUUCCUCCUAUGCCAGUUACAGCCUUACCGGGACCUUCUUAUGAAAAAGCAUAUACUGGACUCAUGGCUCAUUUUAUACCAGAAUCAAAUGUGUUAAAAACUGCUAUAAAACAUCAAGUUCUGGCAGGCCUGUUAUUCUCAGCCACAUUGCACACAGUUACUGCUGAUUUAGAAGCUCUUCCUACCCCAGAAUCUAACGUGAUGAGCACCAGGUUCCUGAUCUCUGCUCAGCCCAGGUCGAUCUGUUACGACGUUCCGGUGGGGCAGAAGAUCAGAAUUAAGUCCAGCCCCAACUUAAAUGUCUCGGUGAUCGGCCAGGUCUCAAAGAAAGGCUUCGAUGUCAUUACGUUUAAUUACAAAAGAUCCAGUCGCAGCUUCCACUUGGUGGGUGAUAAAAUCACCACAGGCCAUCUGUGGGGGCCUGACUGGACCAGCGCACACAUGAGCGUAGAACGGAAGAUGAAUGAAGUACUGGUCAGUGUGGGAUGUGUGAACAUCUCCAUCAAGUCAUUCAAGCAUGACAGAGACAUGUUCUUGUGGCCUGAUGUUAAAUCAUCAAACGAUAGCCCAACGUGCAUUCUGGAGAAAGGAAACGUGCAGUAUGAGGAGUUACCGGGAUCAAGGAUCAAAAUUGGAAAUGAAGAAGUGGUGGCAUCACUGAGCAAAGCCACUGAUUACCGGAUCUCCUCCGCUCCCGCAGUUGAAUGCUGGCUUGUACCGCUCCAGUUUGUCCUGCAGAAGCACCUUUCUGACUUUACUAUAUAGUUCCAGGCUGAAUAAAUCACUCUCAGUGCUGUUGGAUCUGCUCUCUGAAACUUAAAAUGUAAUUAAACAAUGCUAGAAAUCA